GCAAGUAGUGGUGUGGCCUUCCAGUGUUCCUCCUAGGCUCGUAUUUGUAAAAAGACCAGUCGCUCCUUGUAGGUGACCAUAUCACAUCUACAUAUCUUUAGUUUUUUUUUUCUUCAUAAUUUCCCAAGACGGCUUCCAUACAAGAUCUGUAGUAAACCUCGCAUCUCGGUCCCUUAGAUCUCGUUUACGAGCACCGUUUACCGCUUUUAUUUUGGCAACGAAGUGCGACUUCUAAAAAUCCCGGCACUUGACGACUGUACCGGAAGGAGGCAGAACCGCUCUGGCUAACAUAGAUGAUUCUGUUGUGCACAUAGCGACAUCAUACACCAACGAAGGCUGACAACAGAUGACACGCCUUUUGCCAAAAUAACCUUUACGGCAAAACAUCUCAAGAAAAUGAUCCCUGAGUUGUCUAACCCCUCGGUGUGUAUGAGGGACCCCCAGAGGGUACAGGAGAUCCUACAGUCCAUGGUGAAGGCUGGCUCCAACACCGUGCAGGUGAUCUCAGAUUUUGACAUGACCCUAACAAGAUUUGCAUACAAUGGCAAAAGGUGCCCUACGUGUCACAAUAUUCUUGAUAACAGCAAACUUAUCUCCGAGGACUGCAAAGCAAAGCUGAAGGAGCUGCUCAAUACAUACUACCCCAUAGAGAUUGAUUCUUCACGGUCAAUAGAGGAGAAGUUGCCCCUCAUGGUGGAGUGGUGGACUAAAGCCCACAAACUACUGGUACAGCAGAAGAUCAGGAAAGACCUGCUGGCCAUGGUGGUACGGGAGUCUGAUGCUAUGCUGAGGGAGGGCUACCAGCUCUUUUUCGACCACCUGUAUGAGCACAGCAUCCCUCUGCUCAUCUUCUCUGCUGGAAUAGGAGACAUCCUGGAGGAGGUGAUUCGCCAGGCUGGGGUCUUCCACCCCAACGUCAAAGUCUUCUCCAACUACAUGGACUUCGAUGAGUGUGGAGUACUGAGAGCCUUUAAGGGAGAGCUGAUCCACAUAUACAAUAAAAGGGAAGGCGCCCUGCUCAACACCGGCCAUUUCCAGGAGUUGCGGACGCGUCCUAACGUAUUACUGAUGGGGGACUCCCUGGGGGAUCUGACCAUGGCUGACGGGGUGCAGGACAUGGAGAACAUCCUCAAGAUCGGGUUCCUCAAUGACAAGGUGGAGGAGAGGAAGCAGUCAUACUUGGACUCAUACGACAUUGUGGUGGUAAAAGAUGAAACCUUAGAAGUCCCUAACGCUGUACUGCUCUACCUCACUGGCAAUAAGUAAACUGAGAAUUGAGUGUUUACUGUCCACUGGCCAUUGGACACUUUGGUGCCAUCAGCUGAAGAGGCCCUUCUCCAGAAAGUUAUUCACAACCAACUAAGAAUGUUUAAUGAGUAUUUCUUAUUUUACUAAAAGCUUAACUCUUUUUUAAACGGGUCUGGUUUAGUACAAGUAGCUCUACCAGACUAUUCACAAGUCCAGUUGACAGCCGCAGCUCACAAACACCACGUCACCCUUCUAUAUCCGUGUCCAUUGGCCUUCCUCUCAUGUUAAUGGUUAAACUGCUUUUGGACCAUACUGUAUAUGGUGGAAGCCAGAGUUGCACUGUCUACCUACUGUGCAGUAUGUAAAAGUGUUUGUAUGGUUAUGGGUGUUUUUUAAAUUUGUUCGAGGGACGAUUGGUUUUGUAGGACAGUUCUGGUUUUCAUACAGGAUCUAAUGAUAAAGGGAAAGAAAAACGCACAAACAUAUGGCAGCGCUUGACAUUUGGUUUGAAACAGAUUUCCAUCCUCUAACAAUAAAACUAUCUCCCAGCUAAUUUUAACCAGAAACCUGAUGCUUUUAAUAAUGUUUCAUGUUUCAUCUCAGUCAAGCCUUCCUGUUUCUGGCCAUCUUGUCAAGCAUAUAGUACAGGUUGUAUUUUUCAUUAAAACUGUUGUUUCUCUUUUAUACCACCACAGUGCUAGUAAGUGGUGCACUAUGACAGCUACACUUGAUUUUGAGAGUAAAAUAAACAGGUGAGCAGACAUAAAGACAUCUAGAUCUUUUUAAAGAUCCGAGUUCACUAGUGAUUUUUAAGAACUAACUGCUACCUCAGAAGUGUUAUCGUAUUAGCAAGAAAAACAAAACAUUUUUAGAAUUGUUUUUAGACUUACAUAAUUUCACCUUUAACUGUAUGGUUAUGGAAAAGGUCAAUUCAAAGGUCUGUUACUUUCUGCAUUGCAAUAAACAAAAGUUUGUAAAAGCCUUUAAACUGAGAGUUUAGAACACAAUAUCCAAGAAUGACAUUGUUUUUUCAGUCAUUCGUGGACAAUGUGGCACGUACAGCAAGUCAUUCUUCUUUUUGUCCUCACUCAUUUCCUUUCAAAUGUUGCAACAUGUCUGAAAUAAAACUGUUUCUUCCGUU